AUGGCGGAAACGGGUCUUUUCUCCGACAACCUCAUCUCUCCCGCUGUCGCCUCCUCACUCCCCGAAGGCUACGUAGUUCGUGCUCUUCGGCUGUCUGACUACAAGGCUGGCUUCCUCGACUGCCUACGUGUCCUUACUACCGUCGGCGAGAUCAGCGAACCGCAAUUUGCCGAGCGCUAUAAUUGGCUGUCUAACAAUGAUGGAUACUACAUCCUUGUCAUUGAGGAUACGAGCAGGAAAACCGUCGUCGGAACCGGUGCCUUGAUUGUUGAGCGCAAAUUUAUCCACAGCCUUGGUCUGGUCGGUCACAUUGAGGACAUUGCUGUUGCGAAGGACCAACAGGGUAAGAAGCUGGGUCUGCGAAUCAUCCAGGCUCUCGACUUUAUUGCCGAGAAGGUGGGAUGUUAUAAGAGCAUCCUUGACUGUAGCGAGGCCAAUGAGGGCUUCUAUGUCAAGUGCGGCUUCAGGAGAGCCGGCCUGGAGAUGGCGCACUACUAUGAGGGAGAUAAGAGUAAGACCCAGUAG